AAAAAUCAAAUAUCAUGGUCCUUCUUAAAAACGUAAAGAAUUUUACCAAACAUUACGAUAUUAUUGUAAUUGGUGCUGGUGCUGGUCUUGGUAAAUUGGGUCGUCCAGCAACAGAAUACGGUUAUUCUGUUGCCUUGUGCGAGAAUGAUAAAUUGGGAGGAACUUGUUUGAACAGAGGAUGUAUUCCAAGUAAAAUGUUGAUCCAUCCAGCAGAAGUUGCAAACAAUAUUGAAGAAGCACAUCGUUUUGAAAUUGACGUAAAAAAGAAGGAAAAUUCUGAUGAUUUAGAUUAUGACAUUAGAUUUUCAGAAAUGGUUUCAAGAGUUUGUAAGACUAUUGAUGAAGAAAGUGAUUCAAUCAUUCCAAGAGUUGAAGCUAAUCAAAAAUUAGAUUGGUUUGUUGGACAAACUGGUAGAUUUGUUGGAGAAAGAACUGUUCAAGUUGGAAGUCCAGAAGACAAUGUUGUCAUUACAGCUGAUAGAGUUUUUGUAGCUUGUGGAGCAAGAGCAUUAGACUUGUCAAAGGAAAUUGAAGGAUUGGACAAGACCCCAUACAUGACAUAUAGAGAGGCUUUGAGAAAUCAAAAGCGAUUCAAAUCAUUGAUUGUUAUUGGAGCUGGUUAUAUUGCUACCGAACUUGCACAUUUCUUUGCAAGUACUGGAACAAAGACUAAUAUUUUUGUAAGAAGUGGAUUCUUAAAACACGAGGAUGAAGAAGUUCAAAAAGAAUUUGACCGAGUCUUUUCUAAAAAGAAGAAUAUUAAUGUAAUUAAGGGAAUGAAAAUUUUGAAGGCACGAUAUGAAAAUGACGAAUUUGUUUUAACUUAUUCCAAUCCAAGUGAUGAAUCAUCUGGUACUAUUGAAGUAAGAGCCGAAGGUUUAUUGGUUGCUGCUGGUGUUGUUCCAAACACUGACAUUUUACAAUGUGACAAGGCUGGUAUUCAAACAAGUAAGGAUGGAUUCAUUAUUGUAGACAAAUUCUUAAAGUCUGUAAACGCACCUAAUGUUUGGGCAUUUGGUGAUGUUGCUGGUAAUUAUCUUUUCAGACACAAUGCCAAUUUUGAAUCUGAAUAUCUCAUGGAAACAGUAAUUUCAAAGAUGAGUGAGCCUUAUCCAAUUGACCAUACAGGAAUGCCUCAUGCUGUCUUUUCUCAACCACAAAUUGCUGGUGUUGGUUUGACUGAGCAAGAAUGUAGAAAACAAGGAUUGAAAUAUGUUUCUGUUAAGAAUAAUUACUCAGCUUCAGCUAUGGGUAUGGCUCUGUUAUCGCAAGAAGGUUUUGUAAAGAUCAUUGUUGAAAGAGAAACUAGAAAGAUUUUAGGUUGUCACAUAGUGGGGCAUGAAGCCUCUACUCUCAUCCACCAAGUCAUUGUUCUUUUCAGACUUCCUGGAGGACCAAAGUUGGACGAUUUAUUGAACUGUAUCUAUAUUCACCCAGCUUUAUCUGAAAUUGUAAGAAAUGCUGCCAGAAAGGCUAAGCAAGCUCUUAUCGAUGCCGGUGAAACUGUGCCAGCAAGCCUCUAUUUCAGAUAAAUUAAAGU